AUGGACAAGGGCACGUCUCAAGCGCAGCGGCUCAGCCUGCAUUCAUUGCAGGUGCCACGCUACGCGCUCGCAGCGUCUGAAGCCUGCGGCCCGUGGCGUCUCGCCUUUGUGGGUUUGCAAACGUCCCUCGCGUUGGCCGCCGGCAAGCACAGCUUGGUCGAUCACAUCGACUUUCUUGAGCCCAGCGAGUCGCGGCUCGAGUCCUGGGACGACGACCGCAAUGAGGGUUACAUCCUCACGCAGGAUUGCGACCACGCGUGCAGGCCGCAAGGCCACAGCGUGUACCGCAUCGAGGGCGUCAUUCGGAGCAACCGAGACGGCAAGACCAUCGGCGUCAAGCGUCUUGUCCUGAGGCCGAGGCUGGAGACCAUCCGCGUGGACAAGAAGUGGGCCCGGGUCACCGUCCAGGACAUCAAUCAGACCCCUUGGGCCAAGAAAGCAGCAGCGCAGCUCUCGCCCGCCGCCCCGUGCGCGUGCGACGCCGGGCCGGCUGGCUUCGAGCUCGGUCAGGCACGCCUCGCCCUGGUGCUCCCGCGGCAGGCCGAUAAGGCUGGUCGCGGGGAGCGCCGUAGCACCGAGCGGGGAGGGAACCGUCCUGGGGGCGGCGACCUCGCCUCUCAUUUGGCCUCCCUCGAGAACUCGUUGGAUGGAGGCUUCCAGGCCGACGACCUCCGGAAACGCGUGGACGGGUUGAAGGACAAGUGCAUGAAGACCUCGGGCAGGCGCGGCGGCGCCGCCGCCCCAGCCAGUGAGCGGCCAGCGGAGAGGCAGACACCCGACGACAUCCUCAGCCAGCGGGUCGCCGAGGCCCGCGCCACGGGCGAGGACGCCCAAGUUGCCGAGCCAUGGGAGCUGGGGUCGCCCACGGGCGUCGCGCAAUGGGCGGAGGCCCUGGAGCGCAACCUGGCCGACGACAACUGCUCGGUGGCGCGCUGGCUCGCGCUCGCCCCGACCAGGGUCGAGUCCGAGGCCGUCGCUAGCUCACAUGGCGCCCUCUGGGACGGCGAACUCGGCGUGCAGGGGCCGGAUCCCACUCGCGUCGCGUUCGUGACGCACCUCGGGGCGCCGAUUGACCCGGGGCCGAUCUGCCCCGACGCCUCGGAGCAGGGCGGCGGGGCCUGCGCGGGCGCCCACCCGAGCCUCUCUGGGGCCGGCGUCGACGUCGCCAUCGCACCAGACGAGAAGGCCAGCAUCGACCGCGCCUCCCAGGCCGGGGCCCGGCCGGUGCUCCACCGGAGGCAGAAGGAGAAGCGCGCGCUUGAGGAGACCAGGAUAAAAGCCGCGGAGCUGCUGCAAGCCAAGAAAGAAGUGAGGAAAGUCAGGGCGAAAAAGCGCGAAGAGAAAAAGAGGAGGAAGGAGGAAAACGAGGUGAAGGCUGGCCAAUAUCAGGUCAUCAAGAACACGGAUAAGAUCAGGAAGUGGCACAAGAACGCCCGCAAGCAGCUCCAGAAAAUGGGCCCGGAGCAGAUUCAGAAAUUGUUAGGCUAGUUUCGGCGCGCCCUCCUCUUCCCUGCCCUCCUGCCC